AUGCCCCUCUCACGCCACUCGUCUCUCCGUUCGCGCUCUCGCGCAACCUCUCCCACCCGUUCGUCCCUCCGCCCCCGCCCCUCCUCGCCCUCCCGCCUCCCAUCCACCGACUCGGUAUCCUACUUUCCGCCCUUUGAAGCCAUGGGCAGCGUCUGCUCGGACGACGAGGCUGCAGGCGAUGACGGCGACGGCGAGGGCUCGUCCACUGGCACCUCGCACCGUGAGAAAAAGCGCGAGGCCUGGCAAGGACACGCCCGUGGUGCGGCCCAGGGAAGCAGCUUGGGCAAUAUCAAAGACAUGGUCAGCGCUGGCAUAUCCUGGAGUCUUUCUGGCUUUGCCUGUACCGCACCGCCCACACCCGCAGACAUUGCCGUGACAGAAGAGAAACGCCCUCGGCACACGCACUCGUCUUCGACCUCUAAAAUCCCAUCCAAACCCCAGCCCGUCGCGCCCCGUCUCCCACAUGCCAACUCGUGCGCUGCUGUCGAAGCCCUGGCCCGCCGCAUCAAUCCCGCCAAGCGCCGUGUCCUAGAGCCGCUCACAUUGGAUGAGAGUGAGCAUUACCUGUCUGUCAGUACGCGGUCGCUAGGCGGCUGGGCGGGGCCUCGCGGUGAAGAAGGCGUACGGGAUAUUCAUAAAAGGCGGAUGAAGGGUGAGGUAGAGGCUGUAGGUCUCGCGAGGAGUGAGAGUCAAGGAGAUGUUGCUUUUGCUGGCAAGCCUAGUACUCUGUGUCGAUCCAAGUCGCUACACAAUCCCACGACUAGACGUCCUCCGCGACUUCGCCUGCAAAACCAGCCAAAAGUUUCCAUUCCCGUCCGAGCCCAACAACCUAAACUACAAGUACCUCUGCCCACGCCCUACCACUGGCGAUUCCCUCUCCCGUCCCCGCCAGUCACCUCCCUCUCCCCAGACAUUCCUCACGAGGCAUUCGAGAUGGCUGUCGACAAUCCUUGCUCGCCUCGCUCGCCCAGAGGCCCCAGGUCGAGCUUGCCCGCCUUUGGCGUGAGCGCAAGAGGCGAGCUAGAGCAGGUCGAAUACGACCUCUCACCAAGCGUCUCUCCCACCAUCGCAUCAUCAUCCCAGCCGUCCACCCCGCCUCCUCCUCCCAAGCGUGAUCUCGGUUACGCCCUCAUCACCCACUCGUCCACCGGACCCGACCCGUGGUCCCACCUCGCCCUCGGCGGCGGGCCAGUCAUCACGGGCGGAGCAGGCAAGGUGAGGCGGAUGAGGAGCAAGAGUUCUGGCUGGAGUGAAAAGUCGGGGGAUACGAUCAGGCCUGGGGUCGUCAAGAUACGAGGACGGGCGGUCGGGCUCUGGGCGGAGGAGGACGAAGGGGAUGGGGAGGCUACGCCAAAGGGCAAGGUGCAUUGA